GGAGGUCUGUGUUCUGGAGCUACAUGUGCAGAACACGCAGUCUGUGUGCAGAGUUCAGGAGGAGAGCUGCAAUGUACAUGCCGCAAUGGAUACAGUGGCGACGGUACCGUUGAGUGUAAAGACAUAGACGAGUGUUCAGACGGCACGCACAAGUGUUCUCGGGUCGAACUGUGCUUCAACACCGAAGGUUCACACAGAUGCGCCCAGUGCUACCCGGACUUUACGGUGCAAGGUGGAGCCGAAACAAUGGCCUCAGCUGUAACCAUCUUACGGAGGGUACGAUUUUUCCUCCGGGCCGAGACAGACAUCGACUGCAACGUGGAAUAUGCUGUCUCCUUUGCAUGGACAAUCUGGAGCGGUGAUGGAAGCGAUAUCAAACAACUCAACACUACAGGGAAGCUGAAGACUUCCGCACACGAAAUCGCAGUCCCGAAGAACUUUCUUCCACUGGGGUUAAACAUGCUGAGAGUUGUGAUUACAGUGUUGGAGAAGGAGUCGGGACUGAGUCUCAACAGAAGUCUGGAGCGAUGGGUGAGGAUCAUCUCCUCGCCGAUAGAGGCAAGAAUUGCAGGAGGAUCCGCGAGAAGCGUCAGUUUUGGAUCCAGUAUCACGUUAAACGCUACUGUCUCGUACGAUCCGGACAACAUCAUCAAGGACUCAGGGUUGUUUAACUACAGCUGGAGCUGCAGUAUCGGAGAAGUCAUGCCUUGCAACGACGUGUUUCGCAACGUCAGCACGAAGGCUGUCUACGUCAUCCCAUCCGGGACAUUCGGACCAAACGACACCAUCACCUUUACGGUAGAUGUCAGCUUCGCCGGUCGCAGUCCUGGGGUGUAUGCGCAAACCAUUCAUCUUUCAGUGGAGGACCCCACCAUUUCUUUGAGAUGCAACAGCAACUGCAACAGCCGCAUCAACCCAUCGGAGCGGCUGGCCCUGCUGUCCGUGUGUGAGAACUGCCUCCAGGACGAGCAGCUCUUCUACAACUGGACCUUACAAAAAGCGCCCCCUGCCUUUGGACGGUCGGUCCUCAACUGGGAUACAGACACGACUACUGGGAGAAUUUUGCCAGAUCUCGUUGUUCAAGCAGAUGUCUUUCAGAAACCUGGACAGUAUAUCUUGAGGGUUGACGUCACCAGAGCAGAGGGUGUGUCGGGGUUUGCGGAGUACCUGUUUGAACCGAACACCCCUCCCACACCGGGAACCUGCUCAGUUAGUCCGGAGACUGGUGUUGCGAUGGUGGAUGAGUUUUCCGUACAAUGUACAGGAUUUUCAGAUAGUGACCUUCCCAUGACGUACGCGUUCUACUACAACACGGGAGGGCAGCGGCUGGUCGCCAUCAACUCUACAGCGGAGGAUGACGAACUGUCCUUGUUCUACAGUGGACCGGUGCCGUCCACCCCGCCAAGAUUUUUACCGGUUGGUCUUUCGUCACGUGACUACAACGUCACCAUCUUGGUGAGGGCAUCAGAUGCCCUUGGAGCCCAGGCUGCUGUCAGCCUGUUGGUGAAGGUAUUUCCGCUCCCUACAGAAGAGACCACAAACAUCGCCACUCAGCUCACGGUCGGCGCGAACAGCACGCUGGGUAGACUGGUGCAGGGCGGGAAUUUCCAGGCGGCGGUGCAGGUUUCCAACAGUGUCAACUCAGUGCUGAAUGCCGAGGCUGCGAAUGCUACAGGCCAGGGGAAACAAAACGCGACACAGGUUUAG